AUAUUUUAAUCUCAUAGAGUGCGCGCAGGAAGUGCUUUCUUUUUGAACUUCCUGUUUCGGACGGGCUGUACGCAAAGAUCUUUAUGAAAAAUGGCACCUAAAAGAGGAAAGGUACAGAAAGAAGAAGUCCAGGUCUCCCUUGGUCCUCAGGUCCGUGAAGGUGAAAUUGUAUUUGGAGUAGCACACAUUUUUGCCAGCUUCAACGACACUUUCGUUCAUGUGACUGAUUUAUCGGGCAGGGAAACCAUUGCUCGUGUCACUGGAGGCAUGAAGGUGAAGGCUGAUCGUGAUGAGGCUUCACCGUAUGCUGCUAUGUUGGCUGCUCAGGAUGUUGCUGAAAAAUGCAAAUCCCUUGGGAUCACUGCUCUUCACAUUAAAUUGAGGGCCACUGGUGGUAACAAAACAAAAACUCCAGGACCUGGAGCACAAUCUGCACUUCGUGCUCUUGCCCGUUCAAGCAUGAAGAUUGGCCGAAUUGAAGAUGUUACACCAAUUCCCUCUGACUCUACGCGCAGGAAGGGAGGUCGCCGUGGUCGCAGGCUAUAAAUUAACACUAUGGUACUGUGUAUGGUUUAUUACCUUACUCAAAUAAACAUCUAAAAACAAUAUAAAUUUUUUCACUGUAAUAUCUUUUAUCUGCUAAGAUUACGAAAAUAAAUGAACAAUUUAAUAACUUUAAA